AUGUCAACGACAGACGACCUCUCUGCAACAAUGCCUUACAAAGAUAGCUUCUCAUAUAAAAAUGACAACAUAAACGUUCUUAGAAUUGAAAAAAACGUCCGAGCAAUGAUUGAAAGGAUAAACAGUAAUAUCGCAAGGUUGUACUUUGUAAAUAACCACGACGUUCAAAUUCCAAUUCCAGCGAAUAUUGUCCUUAGAGAUGUAACCAGUAAUCAGGAUGAAGUGCCUUAUCGUAAUGAAUAUCUUAUUUCUUGGGUUUCCGACUAUAUCUUGUUUCGUAAUGGUGUUGCAGUUUUUGCUCUGGAGAAUCAAAAACAACAGGCAAUCAAGGGAGGGGCAGAUCUGGAGACGGAUCUAAUCCAACAGUAG